AUGCGCACCGUCGACGCCAAACCCGCCGUUCUCGCGCGUUGGCGCCGCCCAUCGCCUCGAACGUCGUCGCGCGCCGCGUCAUCGCGCGAUCCGAGCGACGCGCGACCUGCAAUUUUGGGUUUCGGCAGCGCCGGCGUGGACUACAUAGCCAAACUCGACGGCGCUUUCCCGACGCCUGACGCCAAAACGCGCGCGUCCGAGCUCGAAAUCGUGGGCGGAGGGAACUGCGCGAACGCGCUCGUCGCCGCUUCGCGCCUUGGCGCGCGCACGGCGCUGGUCUCGAAAGUGGGAACCGACGGGGUGGGGACGCAGAUUUUGACAGAGCUGGGCGAACGCGAAGGCGUCGACGUGUCUCAUGUCGUACGACGCGGGAACAGGUCGCCUUUCACGUACAUCAUGGUCACAUCGUCGUCAAACGGAGAUGGAGAGUCCACGCGAACGUGCGUGCACACGCCUGGGGAGACGUUGGAGGUGGAAGAGUUGGGCGACGUCGCCGCGCUGCUGGAAGCGGUUCAUCCGGAUGUCGUCUUCUUCGAUGGACGACUCACAGAGAGCGCUAUCGCGCUCGCGCGCGUCGCGGAAACGCGUGGAAUUAGGGUGCUCGUCGAGUGUGAACGAUUGAGAGAUGGACUAGACGAACUUGUGCGGCUUGCGGACGUCGUGGUGACGUCGAAGAAUUACCCGCUUGAUAGAUUUACGGAGACGAAGACGCUAGGAGACGCGAUGACAGAAAUGUUUGCGUGUUUGCCGAAGGCAAAAGUGAUGGUGACGACGCUCGGCGCGCGAGGGGCGGUAGCUUUGGUACGAGAUGGUGUCGAAACUCCGGAAGUGGGGGAAGGGACGGCGUUGGAUGACGUCGUGUCGAGAUUGGAGAACGCGGCCCUCCGCGGCGAUGACGAGACGCCCGGACCGAGCGUGGAGACGGAAUCCUUGGUAAUCCGAGACGCAAGCGGCGAACGACGUUUCAAGGCAAAAGUUGUGUUCACGCCGGCGAAACGUUUGACGGACAACCAAGUGGUCGACACCACCGGGGCAGGCGACGCGUUCAUAGGCACGCUCGCAAUGUCGGCGUGCUCGGAGGAUUUCAACGUCGCCAGCGCGAUGCGCCUUGGCGCAUACGUUGCGGCGACGAAAUGCGGUGGCAUUGGAGCGCGAAGCGCAUUGCCGCAUCGCAAAGAU